CGGACAUCUUAGACUUGCGGACACAAUACACCAGUAGCAUAUGACCAGUCGUCAAUAAACAAACAUCAUAGUAAUUAUGAGUUCGUCGGCUGCAUUGCUGCUGGAAACGGUCAACUUCGCUGCAGAGAAACAUCGUAAUCAGCGCCGUAAGGAUCCUGAUGCCACACCAUAUAUCAAUCACCCUAUAGGGGUUGCAAGGAUUUUAAGUAAUGAGGGUGGAAUCACAGAUAUCGAAGUUUUACAAGCAGCAUUGCUUCAUGACACAGUAGAGGACACUGACACAACUUUUGAAGAGCUGGAGUCUGUGUUUGGAACCACAGUGGCAAGAAUUGUCCAGGAGGUGACAGACGACAAGUCGCUGCCAAAAGAGGAAAGAAAACGCCUGCAAGUGGUGCAUGCGCCACAUCGCAGUCAUCAGGCCAAGCUAGUUAAACUAGCUGACAAGUUGUAUAAUUUACGGGACCUCAAUCGUUGCACUCCCACAAGUUGGACGGCAGAAAGGGUUCAAGAAUACUUUGUAUGGGCAUCUCAGGUGGCAAAAGGGCUUCGUGGCACCAAUCCAGCACUUGAGGAAAAAAUGCAGCAGCUGUUUUUGGAGAGAGGAGUGCAGUUCUGAUGUGUUUUUGAUGCAACUGAUCAUGGAAUGCUCUUUAACCUAAAGGAGCAGUUCAGCAAAAAUUAUCUUUCUGUCACCAUUACCUGCCCAGAUGUUGCUCCAAACCUGUAUGAGAUUCUUGUCUAUACAAAAGGAGACAUUUCUUUUUGUGUUCCGCUUAGUAAAGUCAUACAGAGUGAGAACAACAUCCGGGUAGGUAAAGGAUGACUGAAUUACAUUUUUUUUAAGAUAUCUGUCCCUUUAAUGUAAAGAUUGGGAGAUGCAAUGCAUGCACAGUUAUGCAAUUCAAUUAAAGUUUUGUUAAAUGUGA